GACAAGCAAAAAAAGAAAAUUAUAUAUUUUUUUGUCAGUUAUAAGUUAUUCGCAAUUCACAGCGAAACGUCUAUUUUUAGCGCCCUCCCAAGUUCUUUUGCAAUCGGACAGAAAAAAAAAAAUGAAACAGUUUCAAUGUUAAUCCAAAUGAACCAACUUUCUGGUGUCAUGCAAAUAAAAUCAGGCUUCGCUUGAUGAUUCAAUACAGUGAAUUGAAAUUCGCUCAUUUUAUCGGCGCUGGCAAAAGAAUCAAUUCUUUCGUGGCUCAGAGCAGAAAAAAAAGCUGAAAUUGUCUGAAACAACAGCACAAAUCAUACACAUUAGAUGACAAUAAAUUUCGCUGAGCCACAAAUUAGAGCCUGAAUCGUGUCAACCAUUCAUCUUUAUCACUCGUUUCGAAUCAGUGCUACUGUUUUCCUCUCUCACUCUUGCUCUUCUCUCGGUGUUUAUUUUGUUUGCCUCAAUUCAAAUUAUAACUUUCGCUUUGAAAAUCUGUCAAGGAUGACGGAUUUAUUAGCGAUUCGCAUGCAAUACACAAAAUAUUAGUCUCGAGCUGGAUCAAAGCAAGUACUUAUUUAAAUCGAUAUAUUUGCUUUUUGCAAUCAUAUUUUACAGAUUCGGUUGCGGUGUGUGUGUGUGUGUGUGUGUGCGUGUCGUUAUGUGUGUGACAUUCACUAGCCCCUAACUAGAAAGAACAGAAAUGAAACAUUUAUUAAUAACACAAUAUAUGUGACGAGAAUAUUUUUGAUACCAACGACAUAAAACCAAAAAAAAAAACACCACAGUUUUAGUUAGUAGAUAGCAGAAAAUAAAUUUUUGCCUGCGACGACCAUAUACCAACAACAUGUGAUAAAGUGAAAACUAAAUGGAUUUUGGAAGUUAUUCAAAGUUCAACCAAAAUUAGAUAAAAGAAAAUGUUAUACCGUACAAAGGGAAAAAAGGGGAUAGUGAGAAGCUAGUCAUCCACUCUAAAUGAUUCAAGUGCAUUCGUUUUGUUCUAUUCAUAAGAAUUUGCCUGUUUAUCACACAAAAUCCUGUUGUUCACACAUCACUCUGUGAGAUGAUUUGUUGUCAGCUGCCCAAAGUACUACACAAUCAGCGAAAAUAACAAGAGAGAGAGAGAGAGAGAGAGAGAGAGAGACAGACAGAAAGAAACAGAACGAAUACACAUCGAGUACGGAAUCAUCAUCGUUUGUGUUUCUCAACGCUCAAUGUUUUCGUACGAAUAAACACGGAACAACAUUCGAUAAUUUGGUCGAAGUGAAACAACGGCUUAACGGCGCUACGAUAAUCAAAUAGCUGAAGAACACCGACAAUAUCGGCAAUAUUUCCGAAAAAAGAAAAACACAGUGACAAUCUCAUUCAAAAUAAAAUACCCAAUCGGAUUUUGGGCCGUCGACGUGUAUUUGUGAAUUGGACGCGUAUUUUUUUGUUGUUGCUGCGUUUCAUUCAAAUAACAAAAGUAUUUGUUAUCGUUCGUUGAAACUCAUUUGAACAACAUUUUUUUUAGUGUAAGAAACUUUUUGAAGAUUCCUUCAGUACCACAAUCCCCAUCGAAACACUAAAUUCGGGUAAGCAUAUAUGGCGCAGCGGCUAUUUCACCAAUACAUGAACUUUUAAAGAAAAAAAUAAAUAAGACAAAAUCAUUUGACAUUUUUGCUUAGUCGGUGGCUUCGGCUCAAUCCACAAUACACACGAUAGCACUCUAGUUGUGGUGAUUUUCUUUUAAAAUUUCAAUUCAAAUUCGUGGUGGUAUCGCUACUCAAUCGAUGAUACGUAUCAUUUCUUUCUGGUAGAAUUUUCGCUUGUUUUUUCGAUUAAUUUGCAUCUUUUUUGAAUAAAGAAGAAGUUAUUGUAUUGUAUUCAAGUUGCUGAUCUAAUUCGCGCCGCUACACAUAAACAGUUUUAUUCGCGAGUUCAACACUAUUUCACACAUUAUCCACAUUUCUUCGGUGAACAACAUUAAAUCGGUGUGGUGAUUCGAUGGGUACACUGGGUCAUCGUGCUUUAUUACAAUACAUUGAGUCAAAUGAUUUAUCCGGUCUGAAGACGUUUCUUGACACACGUCAAAUACCAGUGGAUGAUCGAGAUGAAAAUGGACAAACGGUGCUUAUGGUUGCAUCGGCAAAAGGUUUGUUACCUUUUGCCCGGGAAUUGCUUACACGUGGCGCUGAUGUGCAGGCCGAAGAUUUUGAUAAUUGGUCAGCAUUGUUGAAUGCAGCUAAAAAUGGUCACACCGAAGUGGCGCGACUGUUGGUUGAGCAUGGUGCUGACAUUGAGCAUCGUGAUAUGGGCGGUUGGACGGCUCUCAUGUGGAGUGCGUACUACGGUCAUACCGAAAUCGCGGCCCUACUCCUCGACAAAGGUGCGGAUAUUUUUGCGCACGGUAACUUCCAUUUGGGUUCAUUACUGUGGGCUGCUGGUCGCGGUCACAGGGAAAUCGUUCAGAUGCUGGUGCAACGCGGUGCAAAAGUCAAUGUAGGUGAUAAAUAUGGUACAACUGCUUUAGUAUGGGCAUGUCGUCGUGGUAAUGCCGAUAUUGUUGAAAUUCUGUUAAAAGCUGGUGCCAAUGUCGAUACAGCCGGUAUGUAUUCGUGGACCGCUCUUCUGGUGGCCGUAUCCGGUGGACAUCAGGAAUGUGUUUCGCUGCUACUUGAGCGCAAACCAAAUGUGAAUGCCUUAGACAAAGAUGGAAUGACUGCAUUGAGCAUUGCAUGCCGUGAGGGUUUGCAUGAGAUUGCAUCCGCGCUGAUUGCGGCCGGUGCAUAUGUAAAUAUACAAGAUCGUUCGAAUGACACCCCAUUAAUUCAUGCCGUUAAGAAUGGCCAUCGUAGCGUGGUUGAGUUGCUGCUGAAGCGUCACGUUGACGUCGACAUUCAAGGCAAAGAUAAGAAAAGCGCUUUGUAUACAGCCGUCGAAAAAGGUCAUGCAUCGAUCGUACGUCAUUUGCUGACAUCAAAUCCAGACUUGGAAUUGGCUACCAAGGACGGUGACACACCGUUAUUACGUGCCGUACGCAAUCGUAACUUAGAAAUUGUUCAAAUGUUGUUGGAUCGUCGUGCCAAAGUGACGGCAACCGAUCGACGUGGUGAUACUGCAUUGCAUAUUGCAAUGCGAGCCAGAUCGAAAGCCAUUGUUGAAGCCUUGCUUAGAAACCCAAAGAAUAGCCAGCUGCUGUAUCGAGCGAAUAAAGCCGGUGAAACGCCUUAUGCAUUGGACAAUGCCCAUCAGAAAACAAUUCUCGGCCAAGUGUUCGGUGCACGACGACUCAAUACCAACGAAGAUUCCGAAGGAAUGUUAGGCUAUGAACUGUAUUCGUCGGCGGUGGCCGAUGUUUUGAGCGAACCAACGCUCACUACACCAAUCACCGUGGGAUUGUAUGCCAAAUGGGGCUCUGGAAAAAGUUUUCUGCUGGCCAAACUGCGUGACGAAAUGAAUAUGUUUGCUCGUCAAUGGACCGAACCACCGAUCCGAGCACCAUGGCUGUUGAUUAUCGUUUGCUGGCAUUUAUCCAUUUUGAUCGGUAGCGUUGUUGGAUUGGCCACCUGGUCAUACAUCUAUGGAACCGCUUCGGCACUUAUUGCGUUGAUCUUCUUCUUUGUGUCAUUGCAAUUGAUCAAAUUUUCCAACAAUAACUAUGACUUCUAUUGGCCGUACGCUUUUAUGAGUGGCAUUAUGAAACGAUUGGGACGACUGCGACUCAUAUUGCAAGUGGCAUUCUGUCAUCCACCCGGCCCACAGAGCAGCUCACAACCGCUACCAGUUCGAUUUCAUUUUGCCGAAGCGAGCCCGGCUAGUCCAACCGGUGAGCUUGCUGUGGCUGGCAUGCUAAUCUCCCUGUUUGAAGCCAUCGAAAACCAUUACGGUGCAUUGCCAACACGUUUGUAUAGAGCAUUCAAGCCAAAGCCAUUGAAGGUGUCAUCAAGUUGGCGAUGGAGACGCAUGUGCUGCAUACCGCUCGUCCUUCUAUUCGAAAUCGGAUUCCUUGGACUCAUUUCAAUCGCAUCCAUUCUCAUCGUUUAUUUUGGGCACACGAAAGAAGACGAAAAUGCCACCAAGGAAGGGCUCCUUUUGGCACUGUACAUCAUCGGUGGAAUAUUGAUAGCGGGCACACUGGCGAACAUUCAUGCAUGGGCAAAGGCUCUGAGUUCGCUAUUCAUUUCGCAAAGUCGACAUCUCAAAAAAGCAUUGAAAAAUAAUGAAGGAGCACCAUUGACGGCUUUGGGCGCAGAAGUGUCGCUUAUGACUGAUAUGGUUAAGUGCCUGGAUGCAUUUACAAAGCAACAAAGUCGUCUGGUGGGAAUAGUGGAUGCGUUAGAUUCAUGUGAUACGGAACGGAUAAUAACGGUUUUAAGUUCGAUUCAAACAUUGUUAUCGUCACCAAAUCGGCCGUUCGUCAUGUUAUUGGCAGUCGAUCCGCAUGUUAUAGCCAAAGCAGCCGAAGCCAACAGUCGUCGUCUAUUCACCGAAGGUGGAAUCGGCGGUCAUGAUUUUCUUCGGAACUUAGUUCACUUACCAAUUUAUUUGCAAAAUUCCGGACUGCGAAAAGUGCAGCGCGCACAAAACACCGCCAUGCUGUUCAGACGAAAUGUGGUUGAUAUUCAAAACGAAGAUGUACCGCUGUUGAAUCAUUCGGCCAGUGUUCGAAAAUUGUCCAAUGCCUCGGAAAUUAUGUCAAGCAACGAGAAACUUCGGGCACCAGUGAAUCCACCGCGAAAUAGCUCGAAAAAACUACGCAUGUCGGAAUCAAUUGCCAGUUCAAUUGGUUCCAACUUGCAUCGAAUGAGCACUAUGCCCACGGGACCCAUCGAUCUAUCGAAAAUCGUACUCACGGAUGAUUACUUUAGCGAUGUCAAUCCUCGUAGUAUGAGACGAUUGAUGAACGUCAUCUAUAUCACGGUGCGACUGCUGAAAGCGUUCCAGAUCGAAUUUAGCUGGUAUCGCUUGAGUUCAUGGAUCAAUUUAACGGAGCAAUGGCCACUGCGAGCGAGUAUGAUUGUGCUGGAACAUGACUUGAGCGGUGAUCAAAUCGAUGAUUCGGUUUCACUUCAAACCUUAUAUGAAAAAGUUCGACCAAAAAUUUCGCAUUUACGAGACGCUACACCGUUGUUGGAAUUGGAUCGCGAUGAACGGAAAUUGGAGGCAUUUUUGCAACUUCAUAAGCACGACUUGCUCGUUGCUGAUUUACGUAUCUUUUUACCAUUCACCAUCAAUUUGGAUCCAUACUUACGAAAAGUGCUGAAAGAGGAUCAACAAGCGCUCGAAGAUGAGGGUAUUGUGAUGAAACCAAACAUUCCAUUAUCGAUGCCGAAUCGUUCGCAGCCUCACGGUCAAUUGCCAAAUGUGGCGAGCGUAACCAAUUUUGGUCAAAUGUCAAAUCCAAUGGUUUCAUAUCACCAAUCGAUGAUUCCGUACACACAGAACUAUUUCGGCAAUCAGGCCAUUGCAACGCCCGGUUUCAUUGCAAACAAUUUCCCAGCAAAUACAAAUCCGAGUGUCGGCGAACCACCAAAUCGACGAAAAAGCAUCAUUGACAAUAUUAAUCCAUUUAUUAGCGAGCAAAAAGUGCUGCCCACGGCUGAUUUAUUAAGUGCAUUUCCCGAGGACCUGUUACACGUUCGUUUAUCAAAGUUGUCGGUUGAAGGUCUGACGGCCCUAUUGAAAGAGAUUGAAGAAUUGGAGCCGGCAUUCGAUCGUUUGGCGCAGGCAUUGCAUGAGAAUGCAAUCAGCGGACGAGUCCUAAUACAUUGUGAUUUAAAUGAAUUAAAAUCAUUGCUCGGCUUGAGCUUUGGCCAUUGGGAGAUCUUUCGUUUGCUGAUCAAUUGCUUGCGUGAUAUUGAAAAAUUACAGCCAGCAAUGAAGCUAACUGAAGUCGAUUCGGUGCAGCCAACAUUCCAACGACAAAAAUCAGUUAUCGAGAAACAGGUGACGCUUGAAGAGCAAAUGAUUUGCGGUGCAUUGCAAACGCUAAACGAAGAAGCAUUCGAGGAUGUGGUGGCAAGUGAACGGCCCAGCCCAACCGGCGGUCCAUCAAUGUCGACAGAUUUUAGCGAUUAUCCCUUGCCUUCGGUUAGUGCAUGUCCGUCGUUAGCCAGUUCACCGGUAGUGGCACGCCGUGAUUCAAUUCUCAAGCACUCGGGAAGUGUGAAAAAUACCGAUCGUCGUGUGUCGAUCAAGCAAAAUCAGCCGAUUGUUCUCGAGUAUCUAAGCGAAAAGAGGCCAUCGGUGCAGUUACAACAUGCGGCCACUGCGAUCAAUCUACAACAACAACAACAACAGCAACAACAGUCAUCGACAGCGAAUGGAAGUUUGGGUAAAUUAAAUGCGCGACCAGCAUCAUUAAUUUUAACGAAAGGCGAUAGACCGACAUUUAAGCUCAUUCGAACGCCAUCAAUUGAUCAGGAUCAAGAUGAUGCAACAGUAAUCAAUACCACGAAUUUUACAGAUUUUAAUGCAAUGCAACAACGAUCGACGACGACGAUGAUGAUGAUGAAUGCAAACCAUCAUUUGGCCGCAACCGAUUUGAAUGCCAAAGACGAUGACGAUGAAGAUGAAUCGGCGCCGCUUGUGCAAUACGGUGACAAAGAACUAACCAAAAUUUCUAGUUCAACCAAUCAUUCGUAGCACAUGACAUUGGUAACCGGUUCGAAGGAGCAUAAACCAACAUUUUUGUGCUCCAAAAUUCAAUUUCGAUGGCAUUCGAAGUAACAAUACAGUUCUUCGGGCCAUCCGAAAUUUUUCUUUUUGUAAAUAAUUUUUUUUUGUUCGUGAAAAUGGAGAAAAAUCGGUGAUUUUUUUAAAUCCAAACAAAUUAUAUUUAAUUAUUAAUAUAUAUAUAUAUAGAGUUAAAUGUCAUAUUUUUGCUAUGAUGCCAAGUUUAAUAAUGAAUUUUAUAGCAAACGGAUGAUUGAUUUGAACAUUUAUUGCCGCACAGACAUCCAAUAAAUUUUCCAUUGUUUCUUUUCCUCGUCAGCUAUACAUAGUCUGUAGUUUAAAACUCCUAUUACUGAUAGAGUGGGUAUACAUUUUACCAUUAGAAUGAUCCGUGCAGUGCCCUUUUCCAGACAAAACUACAGAAUUUUCCCCUUUUAGAGACAUAUCUACAUCCUGGAUAUAUAUUCAAAUUGCCUAUAUCCUUACAGAUGUUGAUAUUUUCAAGCUCUACAUUUGAUUCACACGAAGAAAUAUGAGAGUCAACGAGAUUUUUGUUUGAAAUUGAUUGAAUCAAUUUUAAUCUGAAUAUCUAAGACAAAAUGAUGAUUUUCUUCUCUCUUUUUUUGGAAAUUCGUUUUUUCGCCCAAUGAAAUUUAUGAAUAUGAAUUCUAAAUAGAAAAUUAAUGUGCAUCUUACAAUAAAAUUAAACAGAAAUGAGACUAAGCAAGCAAAGCUAUGGUCGCGCUUAUUUUGCACCGCUUUCGUAUGCAAACACCACAAUUUUAUAUAUGGCCAAACAAGCAAAUGAGACAAAUAGUAGAAGAGCCGAAGUUAGAGCGUUGAGAUUAAGUAAGAGAUUUUAAUGGGCAUGAAUCAAAGAGGCUUCCAUUUCACUUUUAUACCAAACGUUUAAUUACAAUUUUAAUUGUUGAAUUAGCGGCGUGAAAGUAUUGAAGAAUGGAUGAUUAGCAAGAAAUCGCUUUAGUAUACAAUCACGUUAGAGGAAUCCGUUUUCAAAAUCCUCUUUUUCCCUCAAACUGGCGAAUACAAGCACAUGACUCAGUGACAGCAAAAUACCGAAUGAAAAUGAAAGAGCGUAUGGUUUGAAUGGUUCAUUCGGAAUGUUGUUCGGGCGGUGAAAUUGAGCACUUUUCUAUUUUGAUUCAUUUUUUCUCGUGUGUACAAUUAAUUACCCUAGCCGGUGAAGUGAAGUGUGUUUUUGUUUUUGUAUCGAUUACACUAGAUUUAAACGGAACGUUUUAGAGCGUUUUUGUGAUGCAGAUAUUAUAUAAAACGUUGUUGAAGUUAAUAAAAUAGUUUUGAAAUAGAGAAUAUGUUCAUUGAUGGUAAA